AUGCGACAGGUGCUCAGGGCCGGCUUGGGAUGCCUCGUCUCCCUGCUGCUCGCCGCACCGGCCGACGGUUUCUACAUUCCAGGCUGGUCGAUCAAGAGCUAUAGCGACGGCGAACAAAUUCCGCUCCUCGUCAAUAAAGUCUACUCCGACAACACCCAACUGCAGUAUGCCUACUACGACCUCCCCUUCGUGUGCCCGCCGACGGGCAAGCCGAGACCUGGCACAGGACUGUUGAGUGGGCAGAGCAUCCCUCUCAACCUUGGCGAGGUCCUUCGCGGCGACAGGAUAAAGACGUCUGAUAUCGACCUGGUCAUGGGCCAAGACAAGUCGUGCAACUUACUGUGCAACCGCGAGAUUUCCAGGAAAGAGAUGCGGAGGGCUCGGGACAUGGUACAGGACGGUUACGUUACCGAGUGGAUCGUCGACAACCUUCCCGGUGCGACGAGCUUCGUCACCGUCGACAAGAGCCGCAAGUACUACGCCGCCGGUUUCAAGUUGGGCUUUACGGACUAUGCUUCCAGCAGCGGCAAGCCGCGAUACUUCAUCAACAACCACCACACCAUCGUCAUUCGCUGGCGCAAGGCCCCUGGCAAGGCAGGCGAGAGAGGCGGAAAGGUCAUUGUCGGUUUUGAGGUCUAUCCCAAGAGCAUCGGCUCCGAGAACAAGCGUGACGAGAACGGCUGCCCCGCUGAUCUGCAGAACAUCGACCAGAACUUCGAGCUCUACCUUGCCCCGAAUAAGUCAACCGACAACUCGGCGCAGUACGCCCAAUCUUCAUAUCAGCCGGAGGACAACGAAGAUCCCGAUGACGACGCCAAGCUCACUAUUCCUUACACCUACUCCGUAUACUUUCGCGAGGAUAACAACGUCGAGUGGGCGCGCCGCUGGGAUCUGUACUUCGUCAACCAGGAGGAAGGCUCCAAGAUCCACUGGCUCGCUAUCGUCAACUCUCUUAUCAUCUGCGGCCUCUUGACCGGUAUCACCUUGAUGAUUCUUGCCAGGACUAUUCGAUCCGACAUCAAGGGCUACAAGGAGGUUCCUCUCGAGGACGGAAAGCCCAAGUUGAGGCGCAAGAAGACCGGAAACAGAUCGCCUAGACUGUCGGAGAAGUCAGGAGGGCUACUCGACCAAGGAAACGACAUCGAGAACGACGCCGACAUUUCAUCCGACGAAGAGGCAUUGGAAGAUGUCACGGGUUGGAAGCUGCUGCAUGCCGACGUCUUCAGAACUCCUGCGUACGGAUACCUGCUGGCGCCGUUGGUUGGUUCCGGUAUGCAGCUCCUCUUUAUGGCUGUUGGACUCGUUCUUCUCAGCGCUCUCGGCAUCCUCAACCCUAGCUUCCGCGGAGGCUUCAUCAGCGUCGGAGUCGGCCUGUUCGUCUUUGCCGGUCUCUUCUCCGGAUACUUCUCUGCACGGGUCUACAAGACUUUCGAUGGACAAGAUUACCGCAAGAACGCUCUGGUGACUGCUGUACUGUUCCCUGGCAUGCUCUUCGGUAUUGUCUUCAUUCUCAAUCUUUUUGUCUGGGCUCAAGCGUCUAGCACCGCCAUUCCCUUCGGCACCCUUGUGGCGAUCAUCGUCCUCUGGCUCUGCAUCCAGGUCCCCCUGGUUUAUGCGGGUUCCUGGUUUGGAUUUGUUCGUGGUGGAAACUGGGAACACCCGACCAAGACGGCCGUCAUUCCCCGUCAGGUCCCGCAACAAGCUUGGUACAUCAAGUCUUGGCAGUCGAUCCUCCUGGCUGGACUUAUCCCGUUCGCCGUCAUCUUCAUCGAGCUGCUGUUCGUGUUCCAGUCUGUUUGGCAAGAUAAGAGCGGUUACUACUACGUGUUUGGAUUCCUGGCUGUGGUGUCGGUCAUUCUCAUCCUCACCAUCGCCGAGGUGACAGUGGUGACCAUCUACAUCCAGCUCUGCUCGGAGAACUACAACUGGUGGUGGCAGUCUUUCAUGGUUGGUGGAGGUAGCGCCGUGUGGGUGUUCCUGUACUGUGUGUGGUACUACUUCUUUAAGCUGCACAUCACCGGCUUCAUCAGCAGUAUGCUGUUCUUCAGCUACAGCUUCAUGGCUUGCUGCGUGUAUGGACUUCUGACGGGAACUAUUGGGUUCUUGAGCACGUACGCGUUUGUACGAAGGAUUUAUGGCGAUCAAGGCGGACUGAGCCACGGUGCCAGUGGACUUGGACACUGA